CGUCGUUGACCCAGAAAAGGAAAGCCAUCUCGUUCCCCAUCAUCCUCUAAAUUCUUUUUACCAAACCCUAAAAUUCCAUCUUCUUCUUCACCGCCAAUCACUGCCUUCUCUCUCUCCACCGUCAAAAUCCUAAACCCCAUCCUUCAUUCUCCCUCAAAUCUCUCCAAUUUUCUCAAAAUCGAUUUUGAAUUUACUUAAAUUCCGUAAACCCUAUAUUCACAUUGUUGCAAACCCGAUCUUGUUGUAGCACAAGUUCAGAAUUGAGAGGAGAGUUGGAGCUAACCAGAGAGAAUUCAGAGGAAGUAAAGAUUUUGACGGUGGUUUUGGGAGUCUUGGACCUUUUUUUAAAUCAUCCUGGUCUCUUUCUCUUAUGUGGUGGUGCUUAAGUGGCUUUUUGUACAAUAUAAAUGAUCUAAAUCAGAGAAAAGGUCUAAGAUGAAGCUAUCCAAUAUCCCUCAACGCUAUGUCAUAGUCUUCUUGACUUUCCUCAGCACCUCCGUCUGUUACAUUGAGCGUGUUGGAUUCUCUAUUGCAUACACCGUCGCUGCAGACGCUGCUGGGAUCAAUCAGUCUAGCAAAGGAACCAUACUUUCCACUUUCUUUGUUGGCUACGCUUGCUCUCAAGUCCCUGGAGGUUGGGCUGCUCAGAAGAUUGGUGGAAGGAAAGUUCUCCUUCUUUCCUUUGUCUUAUGGUCAUCGACAUGUUUCUUGGUUCCUCUUGAUCCAAACAGAGUAGGGCUCUUGGUUUUCGCUCGUUUACUCGUUGGUGUUGCUCAGGGUUUCAUCUUUCCUUCUAUCCACACUGUUUUGGCUCAGUGGGUUCCUCCUCAUGAGAGAUCUAGAUUGGUUUCGAUAACCACUUCGGGAAUGUAUUUAGGUGCAGCUUUAGGGAUGUGGUUGCUCCCUGCUUUAGUUGAGCUUAGAGGUCCGGAAUCAGUUUUCUUAGCAGAGGCAUUAGCUGGUGUUGUAUGGUCAUUGCUUUGGAUUAGGUACGCUACUGACCCACCUCGAUCUGAGCAUCCAAAAGCCGCUGCUGCUGGAUUUGGAGGUGCUCUCUUGCCAACUAAUGUUAACCACCAUCAUAAAGUUACUCACAUCCCAUGGAAGAAGAUAAUGCUCAGCUUACCCGUUUGGGCCAUUGUGGUUAACAAUUUCACAUUCCAUUACGCUCUAUACGUGUUGAUGAACUGGCUUCCGACCUAUUUCGAGCUUGGACUACAGGUCAGUCUUCAGGGCAUGGAUUCAUCAAAGAUGGUGCCGUACCUCAACAUGUUUGUAUUCUCCAUUGUUGGUGGGUUUAUUGCAGACUAUUUGAUCACCAAGAGAAUACUCUCUGUAACCAGAACACGCAAGUUCUUGAACACGGUUGGGUUUUUAGUUGCUUCAGCGGCUUUGAUGGCUCUGCCUCAGUUUAGAACCGCGAAUGGUGUGAUCUUAUGUUCCUCUGUGGCUCUUGGGUUUCUGGCAUUAGGAAGAGCCGGUUUUGCAGUGAACCAUAUGGAUAUUGCUCCCAGAUAUGCAGGGAUUGUGAUGGGAGUUUCGAAUACUGCUGGGACAUUAGCUGGAAUCAUUGGUGUUGAUUUGACUGGGAAGCUUCUUGAAGCUUCUAAACUGAUCUACUCGGAUUUGUCACAUCCAGAGAGCUGGAGAGUUGUGUUCUUCAUACCUGGUUUGCUCUGUAUCUUUAGUACCGUUGUGUUUUUGUUGUUCGCUAAAGGAGAAAGGAUCUUUGAUUGAAUGGGAUCAAAGUUUACGAGAACCCUUAUCAAGAUUAGUUAGUAGAGCCCUCUACAUUUGAAGAUCCAUGGAAACCGUGUACUCAGGCUCUUCAUUGGUUAUUCUUUUUUUGGUUUUGGUGAAUAAACUUGAAUCACACCAAGGGUAUUAUUAUUAGUUUAUCUUUCAAUAUACUAUGAAUAAGAAUAAAAAUAUGUAAUGUAAGUGGAUAAUCAUUAAGGGGUUUGUAACUGGAUACUGUAAACUUUUCGAGUUUCUGUAUACGAUAGUAAGAACUUAAAGCA